GGUGAGCAGCAGGUAUUCGAUGCAGAGGCGUCGACGAGCGAUUUCAUGUUAUGGGAAUACGAUCGGAAGCCAUCCGAAAGGAAUCCACUGCCCAGAGCGAUUAAUUUCCUUAGAAUAGCAAAUGAUUUAGCUGUAGAUGAUGACUGA